UCAUCGCCUCGCUCAGCAUACCUUCACUACUUCUUUAAUUCUUCUAACCCAAAAUUAUAUCGGCCACCAUGAGUGUCCAAGGUGUCACUAGCGAAGCUCAAGCCUCUGCGCCAGCAGAAGAAGGAUUGACAGAACUUCCCUUCCCACCAGUCACUAAAGAGCACAUCUUGAACUGCUCAUACCACAACUGGCAUCCCAAAUACCGCGCCAUAACACCGAAAGCGCGCCUCGUUCCGCUCCCAUCUGCCUUCCUCGAUUAUCUCCGAUCUGAUGGUAUCAUCCUGCCCCCCGACGAGAAUGACAACCCAAAUUGGUCAGACAAUGAUAGUGGCAUCUUCUCAGGCGCCGAUAACAACGACGACGAGGAGGAAGAGACACUCGACCCCAGCGUCAACUGGCGGGACACGCACGAAGCCAUCGAGCGCACAAUCGAAGAGCUGGGAGGCAAAGUUGCGCCGAAGCUGAACUGGAGUGCGCCGAAAGAUGCGACCUGGAUUGCAGCGACAAACAGUAUGGAGUGCCGGACGCCGAACGACAUCUACCUUUUGCUGAAGAGCAGUGACUUUAUAACACACGAUCUAGCGCAUGCGUUCGAUGACACAGCCAAUCAGUCAGCGACUCCAGAUCCAGAGAUAUCAUACCAUCUUGUCUUGCGGAAGUGGAUCACCCUAAAUCCCAGCGUAGAAUUCAGGUGUUUCGUGCGGAAUCGACGGCUUAUCGCCCUAUGUCAGCGGGAUCUAAAUCACUUUGAUUUCCUGUUCAACAUGCAGGACAAGCUACUUCGAACCGUUCAAGAAUUCUUCGAUACCCGACUGCGCGACACGUUUCCAGAUGCGAACUUCACAUUUGACGUGUACAUUCCACCACCACAUAACAAGGUUUGGGUGGUGGAUUUCAACCCAUGGGCUUUGCGGACGGAUCCUCUUCUCUUCUCAUGGAUGGAACUACUCACCAUGGAUGUGCCUGAUGUGGAACAACUUGAGGAGGAGACUACAGUCCGCUUAAAGAUAGCCCAGCCAGGAGAAUCUAGCGGCCAAGUUGCGGACCUGGUUGACGACGAUUCGGAUGAUGAUUCGGAUGACGAUGAGGUUGAAGAGAUCUGGCAACCCGAGUUUCGCCUCGUGCGAAGAGACGAUCCCGAAGCAUAUGGCUUUGCGACUCCUCAGUACAGCGCGCACAAGCUUCCGAAGGAUGUAGUAGACGCGAGCAGUGGAGGAGAGGGUAACUUAAGAGAGUUUGCUAUGCAGUGGAAGGAGGCCCAGGAGAUGGCUGAGCAACAGCGCGCAGAGGACAGUGAAGACGAUUAGAAAUGCCUAUUGCAAGGUCAUGUCUUGAAUAGAUACGAGACAAUUACGGACGAGACGCAAUAGAACUGCUCCUUGACAACAUUAAUUAAAACAUGUUUGACUC